AUGUCCAAAAAAUCUAAAGACUCUCUCACUAAUACGCCGAAAAAUAAAGUCCGAAAACACAAUUUAGAAUACUUUGAUGAUUCUAAUUUUGAAACAAAGAAUAUAAAUGAAGUAACCUCUCUGCUGCUAAACUCGUAUAAAACUUAUAAUGGAAGACAAUUUUUGAAUGAUGAUGAUUUAAACAGUGUACUUCCAUCAGAUAAAAUAGAACUUGGAAGGUUGACACUGUCUUAUAUAUUAAUGAAGCAUCGAUGGAAAGGAAAUUUUUGUUCCCCAAUUAAAGCCAAGUUGAAUGAGAGUGGUACUACUAUACUUGAUGUUGGGUGUUGCCCCGGUCUUAGGGCGAUAGAUAUGGGAUUAAAAUAUCCAUCUUCUUUAAUUAUCGCAAUUGAUAUUAAUCAUUCUAAUUUCCCAUCAAGUGAAGAAUGUCCAUCAAAUGAUCAAUGGAUUAUAGUAAUUAAAGAGCUUGUUAGAGUUUUAGCGUAUGAUGGUUGGAUUGAAUUUACUGAACCGGAUCAGAUGGCUAAAAAAGGUGGAAAGAACUUACUAUGGCUUAUGGAUUCUUUUUCAAAUGCUUGUCGAGAAAUAAAGGAUGUUAAUAUUCAGAUUUAUGAAAAAAUACCAAAAUAUAUCAAGGAAGUAGAUGAACUCGAAGAUUUGAACUAUACUUCUGUAGAUUAUCCACUAGGUGAAUGGUACGGAUGUUUUGGUGAAUAUGCGGCAGAAAAUUUUAAACGAGCUCUUCAAAGUGUGGUUUUUCUCCCAAAAUAUAUGGAGUUAUCUAAUGAAAAAUUUAAUGACUUGUUGAAUGAUUGUGUUGAAGAGGCAAAUAAAAAUGAAGCAUUUUUUAAGAUUUACAAAUAUUUUGCUAAAAAAAGAUUCAAUUAUUUAACGUUUUAUAACAUAAUACUGCUUAAUGGCAAAUUUAUUUUGUGA